AUGGCCUCGAUUGUGCGCUCGUCUCCCCUGCUCCGGCAGUCCCUGGCGACCCCCCGGUCGUCGCUCCUGUCGAAGAAUGUCGGCGUGUCGCAGCUCGUCGCUUUCCAUGCGUCGGCCCGGAAGCAGAUCCUGCCUCCGCAGCCUCUGAACGACCCUGCUCCCAUCCCCGAGACGCAUCCCUCGGAGGGUAGCUACCACUGGUCUUUCGAGAGACUCGUCUGCGUCGGCCUCAUCCCCGUGACCAUCGCCCCCUUCGCAGCCGGCUCGUUCAACCCCGUCAUGGACGCCGUGCUGUGCUCGCUCCUCGUCGCACACUCGCACGUCGGCUUCCAGGCCUCGAUCAUCGACUACUUCCCCGCUGCGCGCGUGCCCAAGACCCGGACGUUCCUCAACUGGCUCCUGCGCGCCUUCACCCUCACCACCGCCGUCGGUCUGUACGAGUUUGAGACUAACGAUGUCGGCCUCACGGAGGGUCUGCGGCGGGUGUGGACUGCUUAG